CUCGGCGCGGCGACUGCGGCUGCGCGGGAUAUUCGAAUUGGCGACGGCCUCUUGGUUCGGCGGCUGUGGGAUUGCCGACCGCUGGCGUUCCUCAGCAUGGACAACCCCGAAAAUGUCUUCCAAAUGUUUGAAGCCCAUAUGCAAAGCUACAAAGGCGAUGACCCACUUAGCGAAUGGGAAAGCUAUAUACAAUGGGUGGAAGAGAACUUUCCUGAUAAUAAACCAUAUUUGACAACUUUAUUAGAACAUUUGAUAAAGGAAUUUUUAGAUAACCAGAGAUACCACAAUGACCCAAGAUUCAUCAAUUAUUGUUUAAAAUUUGCUGAAUACAACAGUGACCUUCAUCAGUUUUUUGAGUUUCUAUACAACCAUGGUAUCGGGAUGCAGUCAUCCCCACUGUACGUCGCCUGGGCAGGGCAUCUGGAGGCGCAAGGAAAGCUACAGCACGCCAGUGCCGUUCUCCGGAGAGGGAUUCAAAACCACGCUGAGCCCAGAGAGCUGCUGCAGGGGCAGUACAGGUUGUUUCAGACUCGCCUCACUGAAACCCACUUGCCAGCUCAAGCUAAACCUUUAGAACCUCUGCAUAAUGAUCAGAUUGUAAACCAAAUGGUAACACUCAAAUUACAUCCAGGAAAGAACUCGGCCUCUGUUUCCAAGAAUCAGGGUUCAGACCUCUCUGGGGUGGAGUCUUCGGCUCAUGAUAAAAAAUCUCAUAGGGAACAAAGGGUAAUCAUGAUUUCCAAGUCAGAAUAUUCUUCACACUCAUCUUCAGCAGCCAAAUCUGACGUUCAGCAGGUGGUUAUGUACUGUAAAGAGAAGCUGAUUCGUGGAGAAGCGGAGUUUUCCUUUGAAGAACUGCGGGCUCAGAAAUACAAUCAACGGAGAAAGCAUGAGCAGUGGGUAAAUGAAGACAGGCAUUAUAUGAAAAAGAAAGAAGCGUAUGCUUUUGAAGAACAACUGCUGAAGCAGAAAAUGGAUGAACUUCAUAAGAAGCUGCAUCAAGUGGCAGAGACAUCCCAGGAGGGCCUGCCCGCUUGCCAGGGACAGUCUGAGGUCACUACAGCCCAUGUGGGGCCAACUGUAGGCUCCCAGCAGGAACUCCGAGCUCCGAGCCUUCCAACCAUCAGUCAGCAAACCUCAAGGCACGUGGCUGAGAAGCCCAGAGAGGCACUUUCUGCUGUUCCUCUUCCGACCAAUGCUGUGUCUGCCUCAUUGGUGUCUCCUGCUGUUGGCCAGAGCAUCGCGCCUCCUGCUCCUUUGCCAGUCCAGUCAGUGACAGACUCCAGGUGUGUCAAUCAGAGCACUCGGGAGUUCAAGCCGCAGAGCAGAGCAGAGACGAAAGAAGGGUGUGAAACACACAAGGUUCCUAAUACAGGUUCUUUCCACACAACUCCAAACACGUCCCUGGGAAUGGCUCAGGCAACACCCUCCAAAGUGCAGCCCUCUCCCACUGUGCACACAAAAGAAGCAUUAGGUUUCAUCAUGAAUAUGUUUCAGGCUCCUACUCUUCCUGAUAUUUCUGAUGACAAAGAUGAAUGGUCGUCUCUAGAUCAAAAUGAAGAUGCAUUUGAAGCCCAAUUUCAAAAAAAUGCGGGGUCUUCUGGAGCUUGGGGAGUGAAUAAUAUUAUCUCCAAUUUCUCAUCUGCCUUUCCUGUGUUUGAAGAUGGAAACAAAGAAAACUAUGGAUUACCACAACCUAAAAAUAAACCCCUGGGAGCCAGGACCUUUGGAGAACGCUCUGUCAGCAAAUUUCCUUCAGAACCAAAUGAAUUGCCUCAUGCCGAAGAGUUUUCGGAUGAUUCAACUGUGUGGGGUGUUCGCUGCAACAAAACCCUGGCACCCAGUCCUGAGAGCAUAGGAGACUUCACGUCUGCCGCACGGCUUGCGUCUACACCCUUCCACAAGCUCCCCACGGAGUCAGUGCACAUUCUGGAAGAUAAGGAAAAUAUUGCAACAGAGUGUACCCCUGCUACUCUGGCCACUUGUGGAGAAAACGUGAAGAAGCCUUCAACAGACAGGACAUUCGGUCCAAUUCAGGAGAAACGCACAGAACCAGCAGCCCCCACUGAUGUGCCUUCAUCACCCUUGCGUAAUCAGAGGCAGCCUGUGGCAGAUGGUGCGCUGCUCCAUGAAGCCCAGGGCGGCCUGGAGACAUGUAAACUUGCCGACAAGGACCUUGCGCUUGAGGACUACCAACGUGGCGUUGCUGGGCCCCAGGCAGAAGGGAUGCAGACGGAUCCUCUUGGAACGACUGAUGCUCCAACCUUCACUGUGGAGAACCCAUGGGAUGAUCGUUUGAUUCUCAAAUUUUUAUCUGGACUUUCUAAACCGGUGAAUUCCUAUCCAAAUACUUUUGAAUGGCAAUGCAAACUUCCAGCUAUCAAGCCCAAGACCGAAAUUCAGUUGGGUUCCUUGCUGGUGUAUGUCAAUCACCUUCUUGGAGAAGGGGCCUUUGCUCAAAUCUAUGAAGUUACUCAUGGAGAUGUGGACGAUGCCAAGGAUAAACAGAAAUUUAUUUUAAAGGUGCAGAAGCCUGCCAACCCCUGGGAGUUCUACAUUGGGACCCAGCUGAUGGAAAGACUCAAUCCAAUCGCUCGGCACAUGUUUAUCAAGUUCUACUCCGCUCACCUGUUCCAGAAUGGGAGCAUAUUAGUAGGAGAUCUCUACAGCUAUGGAACUCUUCUUAAUGCCAUUAACCUCUAUAAAAAUACUCUUGAGAAAGUGAUGCCUCAGGCUCUCGUCAUCUCUUUUGCCAUCAGAAUGCUCUAUAUGAUUGAACAAGUGCAUGACUGUGAAAUCAUUCAUGGUGACAUUAAGCCAGAUAACUUCAUUCUGGGAAGCAGCUUUUUGGAGCAAGACGGUGACAAUGAUGAUUUAUCUUCUGGCCUGACACUGAUUGACCUAGGUCAGAGUAUAGAUAUGAAACUGUUUCCCAAAGGAACCGCAUUCACAGGGAAAUGUGAGACGUCUGGUUUUCAGUGUACUGAGAUGCUCAGUAACAAGCCGUGGAACUACCAGAUCGAUUACUUCGGUAUUGCUGCCACAGUGUACUGCAUGCUGUUUGGUACUUAUAUGAAAGUGAAAAACGAAGAGGGCGUCUGGAAGCCCGAGGGCCUCUUUAGAAGGCUUCCUCACCUGGACGUGUGGAACGAGUUCUUUCACACCAUGCUGAAUAUACCAGAUUGCCAUCACCUUCCGUCUCUGAACCUGCUCAGGCAGAAGCUGAGGAAGCUCUUCCAGCAGCACUACGCAAGCAAGAUCAGGACGCAGCGCAACAGGCUCAUCCUCUUGCUCUUGGAGUAUAAGCGAUCAAGAAAAUAAAACGUGGGUGCCAGCACUCCCUAGAAAUCACUUUGUAAAUGCCAACCUGAUUUUGGACUUUGAUGCUCCCCUCCACACACACAUAGUUUAUGUAAAUAUUUGUUGAAAAUAAAGUCUGCAGAGUCAGUCUGACACGUAGACAGGCUGCAUUCGUGAGAA